CCACGCUCAGCCGCGCCGGAUGCUGGCGGGCCUGGCAUGCGCCUGGCUUGGCCCCCGCGCCUUCUGCCUGGUGGUGCCCCCGCGGCUUGACCCCCCUGGCCUCGCCAUGGCCCUGGGCUGGUACUAAUCCCGGUAGCAGGGCUGGCUCCUUGACCUGGAGAGCCUGCGCUGCUCCUCUGCCCUCCGCGCCCGCUUUCCUCGGGACCAUGAGCGGCGGGAAGAAGAAGAGCGGGUUCCAGAUCACCAGCGUCACCUCGGAUUACGAGCAGCAGAAGGAGGGCUCGUCCCCAGGAGGGGAGGCCAAGGGCCCCUCCAGCCCCAAAGUGUCCCGGGGCGAGGAAGCUGACCCCCUCGAGGACGAUGGUGGAGCUUCUGUGCCCAAGAAUGGGCCCUCGGCCUUGGCCUCCCCGGGGGUGGCCCCGGCCUUCCAGGGCCCAGCUGGUGCUGCCUCCCGGUUCCGGGUGGUGAAGCUGGACCAAGGUUCGGGAGAGCCCUACAAGAGGGGCCGCUGGACUUGCCGUGACUUCUACGAGCAGGAGGCGGACUACCACCUGGCGGGGCGCUUGGCAGAGUCGGGGAGGCACCCCCAGUCCCUGGACUCCCGGCUGGAGGUGGCUGGGCUCCUGGCCAGGCCCCCGAGCCCCUUCAGCCCCCAGCCCCAGCGCCGAGGGGGCUACCUGCAGUCGCAGCUGGUGCUCCCGUCCCCCGGGCACUCUGGCCACCAGGCCCGCUCGCUGGGAGGAGGCUUGCCCGUGCUCAUCCGCCCCACCAGGACUCCCCCCAGCCCCGUGGCACUCCGCAGCCCCCUGGUGGCUCUGGAGACCCGCCCGGCAGCUCCCGGCGAAGGUGGCAGGGAAGCUGGCGAACCGGGCCCCUUGGCGGGCACCAUCCCAUCCUUGCUGGUGGAGGAGCACCUGCUGCCCAAGAGCGUCGCCCAGCUCCUCCCAAGGGGGACAGAGGAGCGGCGCAAGGUCUUGCCAAGAGAGUCCCGCUCGCGCCCAUCCUCCCCUGCUCCCCCGCUCUUCCGAGAUGCCAGCCCCUGCCGCAGGACCUCGGACCCCUUUGGUGCUGGCCGCUUCAGCCUGGCGCGGUCCAUGUUCGGCAUGGGGGGCGCCCAGGACAGCGACGACGACAGAACCAACAGCAGCAUGAUCGCCAUAGACAACAAGAUUGAACAAGCCAUGGACCUGGUGAAAAGCCACCUGAUGUUUGCUGUGCGGGAGGAGGUGGAGAUCCUGCGGGAGCAGAUCAAGGAGCUGUCCGACCGCAACGCCUUGCUGGAGCAGGAGAACGCCCUCCUGCGCUCCCUGGCCAGCCCAGAGCAGCUCAGCCGCUUCCAGGCCCAGCUCCACGCCAAUGCCAAGCCUCCUUCCAGCGGUGCCGCGUGACCCUGGGCCGGCAGGAGGGGGCUGGACUUGGACAUUGAGGGGUGUGUGUGUUUGCGUGUUUUGGGGAGGGGGACACUCACUAAUGGAUUUCCCGCAGAUGUGAAACGUGGGUGGGGGGCACUAGCAUUGCUGGAAGGGGUGUGUGCGUGUGUGUGCGUGCGUGUGUGGAGCCAGCCUUGUGGGGUGCGGGGUUGGGGUGGGGGAGAAAGGGGGCCUACUAACACAGCAUGUGCCUUUUCGGGGGUGGAAUCAGGACUUGGUUUUACCCCCCCAGCUCUGGGAGUGGGGGGACCUUUUUUUGCGCAAAGACACGAUUUACUGGCUGCGGAGGGGAACUGCCAGGUUGGUGGGCUGGGGCAGGGGCUUUUGCGGAGGGAAGCCACUCACAGACGUAUGGGCCUGACUUACGCCCCUUGGCCAAAUCUCAUUGGGACAGCUCUGCAGUUGCCCCGCUGAAAUGGGGAACAGGAUGCGGUGUGGGGCCGGAGACACGAUUAGGGGCGAGGGGUGCAGGCCAGGUUGGGUUGGGUGGGGGGGGGGUCGGAUGGAGCUGGCAAUAAAUUUUCUAUUAAGGACACUUUUGCAGUAUUUCAGGUUAUUAAAGUACAAGACUGCUAAUGUCA